GAUGAUUACAGAAUAACACCGGUGACACGUCGCCAUAAUUCACCAUAAUCAAGGAAGAACUUUUCCAGGUGGUGAUCUCUGAAAUUGCUCAGUGAGCACCUCUAAUUAUCCUGAUUUUUUGCUGAUAAUCACAUACAAUGGAAUCAAAUCAAAAAAACGGGGAUGGAUUGACUGGAACUCCAAAAGAAGCAACUUUACGUGCAUUGAUUCAGCGCACAGGAUAUAGCUUGUUGCAGGAAAAUGGGCAAAGAAAAUAUGGGGGUCCCCCUCCAGGCUGGGAAGAUCUACCUCCUGAGAGGGGCUGUGAGAUUUUCAUUGGCAAAUUACCACGAGAUCUUUAUGAAGAUGAACUUGUUCCAGUUUUGGAAAAAAUUGGAAAAAUAUAUGAAUUACGGAUGAUGAUGGAUUUUAAUGGAAAUAAUAGGGGUUAUGCCUUUGUACUGUUUUCCAAUAGACAAGAAGCCAGAAAUGCAAUUAAACAGCUUAAUAAUUAUGAAAUAAGAAAUGGACGGCUUUUGGGUGUGUGUGCAAGUGUUGACAACUGUCGUUUGUUUGUUGGUGGAAUCCCCAAGACAAAGCGAAGAGAUGAAAUUUUGGCAGAAAUGAAAAAAGUCACAGAAGGGGUUGUUGAUGUAAUUGUAUACCCCAGUGCAGCUGAUAAGACCAAAAACCGGGGCUUUGCAUUUGUGGAGUACAAUAGCCAUCGGGCUGCAGCCAUGGCAAGAAGAAAACUAUUACCAGGAAGAAUUCAGUUAUGGGGACACCCUAUAGCUGUAGAUUGGGCUGAGCCAGAAGUUGAAGUUGAUGAGGAAACAAUGUCAUCAGUCAAAAUUUUAUAUGUGCGUAAUCUCAUGCUAACAACCACUGAAGAAACAAUCGAAAAAGAAUUCAGCAACAUCAAACCAGGCACAGUUGAAAGAGUAAAGAAAAUCCGAGACUAUGCAUUUGUUCACUUUAUUACCCGAGAAGAUGCCAUUAACACUAUGAAUGCAAUGAAUGGAAAGGUAUUGGAUGGUUCCCCAAUUGAGGUAACAUUGGCCAAGCCUGUGGAUAAAGACAAUUAUGUGCGGUAUACUCGGGGAACAGGUGGCCGAGGGGCAAUGCUGCAGGGAGAUUAUGCAUACACUUUAGGACAUGUAUAUGAUCCUGCAGCUGCUUACCUCGGAGCUCCUGUUUUCUAUGCGCCUCAGGCCUAUGCUGCCAUUCCCAACCUGCGGUUCCCAAACAAGGGGCAUCUCAGUGCACGAGGAAUGAUACGAACUCCCUCUGUGAGAGAAAUUUACAUGAGUGUACCUGUAGGGGCUGCAGGAGUUAGAGGUCUGGGAGGCCGAGGUUAUUUGGCUUACCCGGGUCUUGGACGUGGGUAUGCAGAUUACCACAUGAAAAUGGACAAAAGGCAAGAGGACAAACUUUACGACCUCUUGCCUGGAAUGGAGCUUACUCCAACCAAUCCAGUCACACUAAAACCUCAAGGAAUGAAGCAUCCUUCUCAGAUCCUGGACGAUAUCUGCCAAAAAAAUAACUGGGGACAACCAGUUUACCAGCUUCAUUCUGCCAUUGGGCCUGAUCAAAGGCAGCUUUUCCUGUACAAAGUCACCAUUCCUGCUCUGGCUAAUCAGUACCCAAACAUACAUCCAUUCACACCAGCCAAACUUUGCACAUCUGUUGAAGAAGCAAAAAGUUUUGCAGCAGAGCACACCCUUCAGGUCUUGGGAAUUCAGCCCGAGGUUGCUGAGCCACCUACAGCAGCUUUCACAGGAUAUGCAUUAGCUGGUGCUGCAGCCACUGUGACAGCUACACAGUUGAAACAAGCUGUCGCCUUGGGACAGGAUCUCGCCACGUACACAACCUACGAAGGUUAUCCAGCAUUUGCAGUGACUGCAAGGGGAGACACAUAUGGAACAUUCUAAAAGAUAAGGCAUUGACAGUCAGUCUCAUCCACAGCUGUCAUAGGAAUGCUGAUUUUUAAAUUAAUAUUAAAACGCAACAGAUAGCAGAAUAGGAUUGCUCUUAAUUGUUUUCUUUGUAAUUCCAAUACUACAUAUAAUAGAAUAGAUUUCAAUGAUAGAAUCCAACUAGAUUAGAAGAUUGAUCCGUAAUGAUAGACAUCUGUAUGCAUCAAGGAUGUAUUUUAAGUUAAGAGAACCUACCUUAAUAAAAAAAAGUGAAAAAGCUAUAAGACCCAUGAAUAUUUUUUUAUAUUUCUCAGGUAUAAUUUGGCCUUCAUGUUUACAUUCAUAACUUAGCCAUACAGAAUACUCAGUUAUAGAAUAUUUAACUGUUUCAAAAACAGUAGGAAUGUGUUUGUGUAACUGACUAGUUAUGUAUAGUUAGAAAGUAGCCACAGACACCACCUGUUUUACUGAUAGGAGUUCACAUUUGCUAAAUGGUUAGACGUCAUUUGGAUUAUCGCACACUGACUGGUUUUCUGCUUAUGCUUAGUUUUAUUUUGAAUCCACAAAGUGGUUCUUGUUUAAUCAAAUAUCCGUCAUAUCAUGACAAUUCCUUGAAAGGAGCUUAAAAGCAGUUAGACCUGUGCACGUGUAAAGCAAAGCAAACUCUGUUAACAUGGCCCUCUUUCAGGAGGGAGAUUGAGUGAAACAUAGCUUCACCUACACUGCUGCUAGAAACCUAACAGUCAUGACACCUAAUAGAUUAGAGUGGAAAGUUACGUUUCUUUAGUAUUUACUGUCUUCUAAUUUAGUAAUGGCCUGUUCCCUUUAUUUGAUGCUUUAGCUGACUUUCUUCAGUUUAAAUGGAACAAAAACUUUAAACCUGUGCUUUAUUGUAUUGUGUUUUAAAAGCAUUGAUGUUUUUGGGCUUGGUAAGGUAUUUCAUGCAGGUGCCAAAGCAGUAAAAAAAAUGAUAACAGUAUUAAAACAUGCGUUUGGAGCAUUCAGAACUUAUUUUUGUACCAGUAGUCAAAAUAUCAAUGUUUGUACAGAGCUCUUCGCUGAGAGAACAUGACAUUUUCUUUCAGAUAUUACAAUGUACCUUAAAAAAUUACCAUUCAUUUGUCAAAAAAAACUGUUAUCAGGGGAAAAUUACUGACUUCAAUAAAAUGUGAAUGAAUUGGCACCACCGAAUCAAGGCAAAACAAUCAGUUUUGUGUCUGUAAUCACAAGUUGUAAGUUUUAAAAUAAUUAUGUUAAGCUACAUUGUAUUUCAUUGCAUCUUAAUUUGUUUCUAACUUGUUACCAUCAAAGUGGUGUAAACUGUUAUAAAACAUUUAUCGCAAUUGUUUAACAUUAGUGUCAAUGUAGAAAUUUGCAGAAUGUAUCAAUAAAGAGUGCACAGAAA